GCGGGGCGGGGCGCUGCGCAUCCUCUGCCUCUGACGCGAUCGGCAAGCGCCGCGGCUCAGCGGCCUCCGCUAUGGCUCGGCGCCGCGGGGCUAGCAGUGACGGCGGCGGCCGCCCCGAGCUCCGCCCCUGCGCCGCGGCGGGGAGCCGGACGGCACCACGCGCUGCCCGCUGCACGCCUGAGGGAGCCGCUGCCACCCGCGCCCCGUGCCCGGCUCUGUCCCAUGGCUUCCCCGGCGACGGCGGGGUCCGGUGCCACGCUGCCUCCGGCUGCGGCGCGUCGAGAUUUCUACUGGCUGCGCUCAUUCAUCGCCGGAGGUGUUGCAGGAUGUUGUGCCAAAACAACUACUGCACCACUGGAUCGAGUAAAGAUUUUGCUGCAAGCUCAUAACCACCAUUACAAACAUCUAGGAGUCUUUUCUACAUUGUGUGCUGUCCCCAAAAAGGAAGGUUACCUUGGGCUAUAUAAAGGAAAUGGGGCAAUGAUGAUUAGAAUCUUUCCAUAUGGCGCAAUUCAGUUUAUGGCAUUUGACCAGUAUAAAAAGGUAAUAAAGAAGCAACUUGGGAUUUCAGGGCAUGUGCAUCGAUUAAUGGCUGGAUCUAUGGCAGGUAUUACAGCAGUGAUUUGUACUUACCCUCUUGAUAUGGUUAGAGUUCGUCUGGCAUUCCAAGUAAAAGGGGAACACAAGUACAUGGGAAUUAUCCAUGCAUUCAAGAUGAUUUACACAAAGGAAGGUGGUUUUAGUGGGUUCUACAGAGGGUUGAUGCCAACUGUUGUAGGAAUGGCGCCGUAUGCAGGUUUUUCAUUUUUUACCUUUGGUACCUUAAAGAGCAUUGGACUUGCUCAAGCACCUAACUUACUUGGACGACCUUCAUUAGAUAAUCCCGAUGUCUUAGUUUUGAAAACACAUGUAAAUCUGCUGUGUGGUGGCAUAGCUGGAGCAAUAGCCCAGACAAUAUCAUAUCCCCUUGAUGUAACUCGUAGGCGAAUGCAGUUAGGAGCAGUUCUCCCAGACUCUGAAAAGUGCCUUACAAUGGUGCAGACACUGAAAUAUGUGUAUCAGCAAUAUGGAAUACGAAGAGGAUUAUACCGUGGUUUAUCUCUGAAUUACAUUCGCUGUAUUCCCUCACAGGCUGUGGCUUUUACCACAUAUGAACUUAUGAAACAAUUCUUGUACCUCAACUGAUUUUUUUUUUUUGGUUUUUACUUAAGGCCUUUCCUGUAAAAUACACCAUCAGUCCUCAGAUUAUAUUGGUGAGUGAAUUACUUGAAGUUUAAGAAAAAAAACUAUCUGUUACUGUGGAACUGCUGCUGUCUGACAUUUUUAUUUGCCAAAACGAGGUGAAUUCCAUCAUGUCAAACCAAGAGACAGAUCAAAAUAAACAUUACUAUGUAUAAACACUUUUGUGAUUGAUCUCAUAGGCAUCAUUGAAUUAAUGUUUAGAAUUACACAGUUUUAAAAUCACACCCACAUUUCAUACAGGUUUCAGGCUGUUAGUCAUUCAGCUUAUCACCAUGACAGGAGUUACACACAAUGCUAAAUUGCUUUUUAAGGUAGUUGUUAGAUAGCGGUUUUCUUUUACAAAUUAAAUUGCAUAAAUGGAUUUGAACAAAAUGCAAUUAUUUUCAUACUCAGAUACAUGCCUUCUCUGCAGAAGCUGAACCCAGCAGACCACAGCAUAAUUUCAUUAAUGUUUUUUACAAAAUUGCUGCUUGUAAGAACAAUGCCUGUAUCGCCAGAGUGGUACACAUGAAAGUCUCAACCAUUUCAAUAUGAAAUGACAAUGUGCGUUUAACAUCAUUGGAAAUUGAUGUCCUGGGAUGCGUUCUAUUCUAAAUUGUUGUGUUUACACAAGGGGGAACUUUUACAAUGACAAGUGCUAGAAAAGGUCUCCUUAAGGUAAUUAAUAUGGGCCUAAUCUUAUAAGGCAUUUCUGUACCUUAUUUUGUGAAGCUGAAUGUUCUCAACUCACUUUAAUGAAGGCUGAGUGUAUUAUGUAUUUUACAGAACUAGCUCAUGUAAACAUGUUUGUGCCUACCUUAAAACACAGUGACAAGACUGCAUGCUGCUGCAUUUACUCAUUUAGGCAUAUGGACUGUAUUCAACCUCUGGUGCAAGAGAAGAAAAUGAAGAUUGUAUUGGGAGUCUGUAGAUGUGUAUAUGUACUGUUUCUGAAGUAUGGUAUGCAAUAGGCUAUUACAGGUCCAUUUGCAGAGGGAAUUAUUUUCCAGACUUGUUUAUACACAAUUUGCAUUGGCACUCUUGAUUUUAAUCUCUUAAUUCAGGAAAACUGUAAAACAUUUAUUUUGAUGUAAGUUAUUUAUUUAUUGUAAAUAUCUCAGCAGUGUCUUUUAAGAAUUGGUAAUGGUUAAAAGUGGUGGACAAGAGCAGUUUGCUUAAUUUUCAUAGAUUUGACAAACUGGAUUUUGAGUUAUGGAAACAUCUGUGGCUCUUUUUUUCCCAGUUUCUUUAAGAGUAUGUAUUUCUUCAAUAUUUAACAAUGUAGCUAUGGAUGGAGAAUAAGAUGUAUUUGAGUUUAUUUUAUUAAAAUUUUUGAACUAACA